AUGAAAGUGACAAACAUUAGCAACCCAGUAGGUUUCAUCUUGUUAGGCUUUUCUGACCAACCUCAACUAGAGAUAGUCCUCCUUCUAAUCAUCUCUGUCAUAUACAUUCUGACCCUGAUGGGAAACACAUCUAUAAUUUUGGUCUCAUACUUGAACCCUAAACUACAUACACCCAUGUACUUCUUCCUUUCUAAUCUUUCUUUCUUGGACCUCUGUUUUACCACAAGUAUUGUUCCACAGAUGCUUUGGAAUCUCAAGGGCCCUGAGAAGACCAUCAGUUACACUGGUUGUGUGAUCCAACUAUACAUUGCUUUGGGUCUUGGCUCCACAGAGUGUAUUCUUCUGACGGUUAUGGCCUAUGACCGCUUCAACGCUAUCUGUCGACCUCUCCAUUACAGUGUUAUCAUGCACCCCAAACUUCUUCGACAAUUAGCAGCUGUGACCUGGGUCAGUGGGUUUCUGGAAUCCACAGUUCAGACUAUACUUGUUUUUCAAUUACCCCUCUGUAGCCAUCACAAUGUGGAUGAUUUUAUGUGUGAGGAACCAGCUCUCAUCAAAAUUGCUUGUGUGGACACAACAUUCCUUGAAAAUGAGCUUGCUGUAGCUAUUGUCCUUUAUGUGAUUGUACCCCUGGGACUCAUUUUAGUCUCCUAUGGUUGUAUUGUGAGAAGUGUGUUGAGGAUAAAAUCAGCUGAAGGCAGAAGGAAAGCAUUUGGAACCUGUGGAUCUCACCUGAUUGUUGUAGUUUUGUUCUUCGGGACGAUAAUUUGUGUUUACAUCCAACCUAAGAGCAAGUACACACAGAAUCACAGUAAAUUCCUCACACUUUUCUAUACUGUAGUGACUCCCUCUCUUAAUCCUUUGAUCUACACCUUGAGAAACAAAGAAGUUAAGACAGCUUUGAAAAGGCUGCUUGAUAAAGAUCUAAGAGAAUGA